AUGCCUAACCGGGGCAGCGCGCUGACAGCGGACGAGCUGCUGAUCGGCUCGCUGCUGCUGCACCACCUGCAGCUGCUGCAGUUCAACGCACACGAGGUGGGCGAGUACGUCAUGAUGGAACCAGGCCAGUUCAAGCAGUCGCGCAGCAUCUACAUCGGUGUGGCCGUGUACCCGACGGUCUCCUUCUUCAACCACAGCUGCGAGGGCGGCGUGUCCAGGUGCUUCGUGGGCGAUACCCUGGUCGUCCACUCUGUCCAGCACCUGGCCCCUGGCGAUCACAUCUUCGAGAACUACGGCCCAGUGUACUCCCACAAGCCGCUGCGGGAUCGCCAACACUGGCUUUCCUCCCGAUACUGGUUCGGGUGUAAAUGCGUCGCCUGCGUGGAGGAUUGGCCGGACUACGACCAGUUCGACCAUACCAAGGUCUCCAUCAAAUGCCAGGGAUGCGGUUCUGGCAUCACCAACGAGGCCUCCGGUAAAAACGCCAACGGGGACUGUUCGAGUUGCGGAAAGAAAAACAACGCCGUCGAGCUGUUCCGGCAGCUACGCACCGCCCAGGAGCUUUACCAGUCUGCCAUGCACAUGAUGGACGGAGGAGAGCCGAGAAAGGCGCUGCGGCUGUUCUACCGGUUCAUCGAGCAGUGUCGGGAGCUGGUGGUGCGGCCCAAUCGUGACCUCAGCCUGUGCCAGGAGGCGGCGCGCAUGUGCCUGGCCAGCCUCGGCAGCCUGCACUGCAUCAAAAGUAAAAAGUAG